UGUUGUGUCGUCGCUCUAGAGUCUUCGGAAUCCCCAAUCUUGCGGGCGGUCUCUCUGGCAGAAUGCAGACUCUUGCCAAGUGAUGGCAGUGAAUGAUGAUGCAGUCGCAGAGGAGGCGGCUGGGGCCAACACUAGAAUCGACGUCGAAGAUGGACUACACGUACAAUCAAGAUUUAUUCCUCCUGAGGAGCUCAGUACAGAUGAUGAAGCCCCCGCAUCUCCGUUUUCCAGUACCCGGAAUCCUACUUCGAAGAGAAGAUUGUAUUUGAUGGUUCUUGCGGACUUUGGACUUGCAUUCACAUGGCUCUCCAAAUUCGCUGUUGCGACUCCAUAUUUUCAGCACACUUUGAAAGCCGGACCAUUUCUAUCUCAUCUCGUAUGGAUCAUGGGGCCUCUCAGCGGGCUCAUUGUCGCUCCUGUGGUUGGGGUUCUGUCGGACAGAUGCACAUGGUCUUUUGGUCGUCGUCGGCCUUUUAUUUUGGGUGGUAUGAUCGCCUGCAUUUUCGGCAUGAACGUCUUUGCGAAUGCGACCACUAUUGCAUUCGGGUUUCUACCCGCCGCUAGAUGGAUAGCUUUUUUUGCGUUUGGAGUACUCGACUUCUCCACAAAUGCCAUCAUGUUCCCGAGCCGUGCGCUCAUGGGAGAUCUCUUGCCGCCAGAGGAACAGCAUUCUGUUCAGAGUGCCGCUGCCGUGGUUGCUUCUCUUGCAGAGCUUUGCGCUGGCGCGUACAUUUACACAUGGAGGGAUCCUGUGACUCACGUUGCGAGGAUUUUUUCUGUUGCCAGCGUCAUUCUAGUUAUUACAUGCUCAGUCUCGCUUUUCAUGUGCCAUGAGGAGCCACUGCGCCCUAAGGACGCAAUUAUUGCGACCACGGGAGCUAUGCCUGAGACCUCUUCGACUGGGGUCCAAAUUGAUAUUGAGCUUAACAAUAUACGGUCGAGCCCAGAUCUCGAGGACGAGAAGUCGAAAGAACUCCUCGAAGAGGAGAGCGCGAUCGAGGAAGAAACCCGAAAGGAUGGUGAGUUUGUAGAUGAGAGUAAAUCUGAAAGCGCGCCGGGCACAGGCGACGAAGAAGAUGACGACGAGAACGUAGAGAAUCGGCUGGCGUCCAGCGUAAGUGAGGAGAGGGCUCCGACAAUAGAAGAAAGUGUAAUUAGAGAUGAAGAACCUGUGCAAACAGCUGCAGGAGGUCCUGUAUGGGGCGAGCUCGUAGGCACUGUGAAGGAGGCUAUCAUGAUGUUUCCGAGACCACUAAUCAAGGUGGGCGUAGUUUAUGGGCUGGCAUGGUUCGUCUGGUUUGCAUCUCUGCCGUUCUACAGCCAGUGGUUAGGCGUGAAUGUCCUCGGUGGGGAUCCCACUGCUGAGGCCGGCACGCCAGAGGCCCUACGGUAUCAGAGCGGGGUCAGCUAUUUUUCGAUUGCAAACGCCGCCAAAGCUGUUUUGGCGCUUAUCUUCAGCGCGUACUACCCCAAUAUUAUCAGAUGGGUUGGGGCGAUCGGUGAACGCGUUGUUUUCGGAGCAUCUUUCUUUGCUUUUUCGAGCAUUUUGUACGCAUGCGCCUACACGAAAAAUGUGAUGGUUGCUGGAAGCGUGAUCGCGCUCGGAGCUGUACCUUUUAUCGUGACACAAACGAUUCCAGUGGCGAUCGUUGUCCAGAGAUUUCCCGAAAAUUUGGCGAGCAACCUGGGUGUAUUAAACUUGUUUUGUGUGAUCCCGCAAUUGAUCGACACACUGUAUACGGGAGAAGUGGCUGCCUUUGCGGGAGAAUCGGCUGUCUUACGGGUCGCGGCUUUGUGGGGAUUUGCUGCGGCUGUAGCGGCCGUUUUCCUGUUGUAGUUAAUAGAGGCUUUCAAAUUAUGCAAACUUGCUGGUGCCGACUGCCCGGUAAACACAAUCGCGCCGAAGGGCAACCCUCGCGUUA